AUGGCGCACGACUUCCCGCCUAUGAAGAAUGACCUCGUCCUGCGGACAGCGUGGGGCGAAAAGGUCGAACGAGCUCCCAUAUGGAUCAUGCGACAAGCCGGCCGCUAUCUGCCCGAGUACCACGAGGCAAAGGGCAACAGGGACUUUUUCGAGUGCUGUCGCGAUCCUGAAGUCGCCUCGACCCUGACGCUGCAACCCAUCGACCGCUACGAUGGUCUUCUCGAUGCCUCCAUCAUCUUCUCCGACAUCUUGGUGGUACCUCAAGCUCUUGGUAUGACCGUUGAGAUGGUGGACAAGAAGGGCCCGCACUUUCCCGAACCGCUGAGAAGCCCAGAGGAGGAGCAGUACUCACGCGUGCUCAACAAGUCCGUCGAUGUUGCCGCCGAGCUCGACUACGUCUACAAGGCCAUCACCCUCACACGCAAGAAGCUGCAGGGCCGCGUACCGCUGAUUGGUUUCUGCGGCGCACCCUGGACUUUGUUCUGCUACAUGGUUGAGGGCGGCGGCAGCAAGUUCUUUGUCGAGAGCAAGAAAUGGAUCUAUCUGUACCCGAAGGAGACCAAGGCCUUGCUGCAAAAGAUCACGGAGGUCUGCGUCGAGUACUUGGCUUUGCAGGUACAGGCUGGAGCACAGAUGAUUCAAGUCUUCGACUCGUGGGCGGGCGAGCUAUCUCCUUCGACUUUCAAGGACUUUAGCGAGCCCUACCUCCGCUACAUUGCGGAGCAUCUCCCGAAACGCCUUGCGGAGAAGAACCUCGAGCGGGUUCCCAUGAUCGUAUUCCCCAAGGGUGCCAAUCAGUCGCUGGAUCGGGUCUGCGAUCUUGGCUACAACGUGGUGGGCCUCGACUGGCUCGUUGACCCUGCCGAUGCCGUCAAGGUCCGUGGCGACCGGAAGAUCGUAUUCCAGGGCAACGCGGACCCUGGUAUCCUCUAUGGAUCUAAGGAAUCAUUAACAGCUACCGUGGAGCACAUGGUCAAGGGCUUUGGCGGAGGCAAAGGGCAGUGGAUCGCCAACCUGGGUCAUGGUGUGACGCCGUUCGUGAAGCCAGAAAUGCUGAAGUUUUAUCUCGAGGAAGUCCAACGAGUAAGCUCACAAUAG